AAAAUGGCCUACCCUGUAUACUGCUAGUACUAAAAAUCAGUAUACAUUACAUGAAUUAUUUUCAGUACUGACAGUGUAUAUAUGACACACAAAUUUAAAAUUGGGAUAAUUUUUAAAGUCGUAACUUGUGAGUUGUAACCACAGUCACCACACUGACUACCGUUGCGGCCGAAAUACGGCAAUAAUAUCGUAUAUUGUCCGAAGAAAACUUAGCUUAAAUGAACGAUUCUCGGUGAGAAAAUUGCACAAAGUCAUGAACUGUCCGGAACUUGUUUCUGACUAUCGUAACCCAGCAAUCAAAUGGUACCAGACAGAUCUUAGCGUCGUUAUUUCUAUUCAAUUGACCGACGUAUCCGACUACUACCUCCGAAUUGAAAAUGGUUGUUUGCAAUUCAGUACAGAGAUAAACGGCAAGAAAUACUAUCUCAUUCUAUAUCUGUUUGGAGCAGUGAUAGCAGAAAAGACAGUGCACAAAAAUCUCGCGAGAGAAAUUAAGAUCUAUCUUCUGAAGGCACUCAAAUGGUAUCCAUGGUUGAGAUUGAUCAAAUCCAAAGAAAAGCAUCCACUUAUAUCAUACGACCCAGAACGUAUAGAAGAGACAAAUCAUAUUCGAAAUACUUAUGACAUAGGCAGAUUCGAACGGUAUAAACGCGAGCAUAAUAUAUCAUAUUUAAUGCCUGUUGUGCCAUCUAGCGAUGAAGAAGACUCUGAGGAUGAAAAUAUAGACUUCCUUCAUUAUGGUUAAUGUAUUAUAUCAAUUUAAUUUCUCUGACGUAAAUU